AUGGUGAAUGCAUUAGAAAGGUUAUACUAUCAAAAUGAUUAUUUCAUCAAAUGGAUACCAUAUUCGAAUUUAGAAAAUUUGGAAUUUCUGACAAGUGGCGGAAAUUCAAACGUUUAUUCCGGAACCUGGAAUUCCAUUAAAAUCAUUUUAAAAGCGAUAAAUUCCGAGGAUGUUAAUGAUAUUAUAAAUGAAUUUAAAAUACAUCAUAAAUGCCGUGGACAAACUGUAAUACCAUUCUACGGUGUAACUAGAAUGCCAGAAAAAAAUAAAUUCGCCAUGGUGAUAAAACAUGCAAAGCACGGAGAUUUACGAAAUUACAUUCGUCAAUCAUUUUCGAACUUGACUUGGACAGAUAGAGUAAACAUUCUUAUCAAGCUUUCCGAAGCUAUAGAUUAUCUUCAUAAAAUGGGUUUACUCCACCGAGACCUUCACAGCAAAAAUAUUUUAGUGGAUGGUGAUAAAAUUUAUAUAAGUGAUUUUGGACUUUGUCAACCAAUUGAUUCGGAAAUAGGUUCGAUUGAAGGGGUUUUACCUUAUAUUGCGCCUGAGGUUCUGCGACAGAAACCAUACACGAUACAAUCAGAAAUAUAUAGUCUGGGCAUGAUAAUGUGGGAGUUAACUUCAAACCAACCACCAUUUUCAAAUUAUUAUGAUUCCAGGCUUCUCACUAUAGCUCUGGCAGUUGAUGAAUUGAGACCAAUGAUGAUUAAAGGAACACCAGAUUUCUAUGCUAAUAUAAUGAAAAGAUGUUGGAGCAACGAUCCAUCACAAAGACCUGAAGCCUCUCAGUUACUAAAGAUUUUUAAAGAAAUGUUGGAAUCGUGUAAAACGUUCGAUAAUGAUUUCGAUUCACAAAACUUUCCCGUAAUAAAACUGAAUGAUGAACAAGACAUUACAUUCUAUUAUCCUCUUAAUACGAAUUCAAUUUAUACCUCCGAAAAUGAAGUGGCAGAAGCUGUAAUGGAUAAUUAUAAUUCUUUAUUUAUUGACUUACAAACUAAUCCAUUAAAAUUUGAAGAAAAAGAGGUAAUUAAAUAA